CGCCUCUCUGACAAGGUCUUCUGCUAUAACCCCCUCACUGACACCUGGAGCCAGGUGCGGUCGCUGGCUCAGCCCCGCUCACAGCUCAAGCUGCUGGCCCUGGAUGGUUAUCUCUACGCUGUGGGGGGUGAGUGCCUCUUCACUGUGGAGAGGUAUGACCCGCGAGCCGACCGCUGGAGCCCUGUGGCACCCUUGCCCAAGGGUGCCUUUGCUGUGGCUCAUGCGGUGGCCUUCAAGAGCUUCAUCUACCGCUUCGACGUGAGCAGUGGCCGCGGUGGGGAGCAGGGCCCAGGCGGCGGGACUGGCGGCGGUGUCGAAGUUUUCCGGUACAACACAGUGGCCAAGCGCUGGAGCCAGUGCGCCAGCCUGCGGCCCAGUGGCGGGCCACCCUUCCGCUGUGCCCCCUUGGGCAACACCAUCUACUGCGUCAACCGGACCGGCACCCUCCGCUUCAGCCUAGCCCAGGACGGUGAGGUGGAAGCGGAUGGCGGACUCAAGGGUACCUUCGACAGGGAACUUCUUAAAGCUCCCUUGGAUGCCAAGGGUGUCCUCCUACCCUUCGUGCUCACCCUGCCCGAUAGGCUGGACAAAGCAGGGGACCAGGAGGGUUCCCUCCCACUGUGA